AUGUUUCCUAAAUCAUCAACCAUCAAGGAUAUGUUCUUGGAGCAGACUAAGGCGGCACGUGAAGAGCGUGCGUUGGAGAAAAAGCGGGAACAAUUUGCUGUGAAAAUACAGGCUGUUGUUAGAGGGUGGCUGGCAAGGCAGAGAUUUAUCAAACGUGUACUGAAUGAUUUUGAUGAGCUACUCCCAGAUACAAAAUCUCUGCCUGCACAAGAUGAAGUUUCACAGCCAAUAGAACUGAUUCCAGCACUAAGUGUCUACCGUGUCACUUGCAGGCUCUUCCUUGUAUUUAAACAACAGAGAGACAAAAAAAGAUUUGAAAUACUAUGCAAGUACAUUGUCCAAAGCUUGCACUCAGAGUCUGUUAAAUUGUCUUAUGUUGGAGUAUUCUUAAACAAAGAGUACAGUCUCCAAUGGAUAGCUCAUAUCAAAGAUUUAUUGUAUAAAUGCUGUCUUUAUCUAGAAGAGUUAAAGCUAGAAUCACCAAUAGAUAUGCAAAGCAUUCUUGUUCACCUCCACACGUUGAUAGCGUUUACUGCAACUAACACUUGGGCAUUGACGAGGCUAAAAAACUUUGAUAAAUUAAGAAGCGGCAUGCAGCAACUGUGUGCCAAUGUUAUGGGAUCACUGUUCCAUAAAGGCUACUAUUUAACUUUAAAGUCCCUACUGCUUCGUGGACUGUGUCGUGAGAAGGUGUAUCUCAAGAACAUAUCACUGACGGCGAUAGUGACUUUAUCACUGCGGCCGCUGGUCUCAGCGCAGUUCUCAGAGAAACUGCUCACCAUGUACAUUAUACAGAUACUGUCAGUGCCCUCACUCUUGUACCACAUGCAGCAGAUAUCCCCAGAGUCUAUAUUGUCGUUCCGGUCAUUCUCAAUGUUCGACAAAUGCCUCGACUUCUUGAGCGCGGACCAGAAUAUGCGCAUAGUGUUCAACACGUUGGAGGGGAACUAUGCGCUGUGCUUGCUCGCCAACUUGAUACAGUUGGCGCACUCCGAGAGGGAUUACGCACAGCCAGACUCCUAUCAUCCUACAUUUGUACUCGUAGUCACACGAUUCUUAGACUCCUGCCAGCAAUAUGUAGUAUGCAAGAAAGGCAACUUAAGCAAUUGGCACCCCAUUUUGGGAUGGUUCUCUCAAAGCUUCGAUGUCUACCUGCCCCCAGCCAUGGGGAACCUUCGCAAUCAGUUAUCGUUACUAUGGGGUGCCCCUAUGUUGAAGAAGUUGCUUGCUAUGCCAUUGAAAGAAAUGAUAGACGCGGGAGUAACUGGUGAGGAAGGGGCGGGACCCUCGCAGCCUUCUACUCCAGUUCAGAGUAAUAAUCCUGCUUCUAUAAUUAGGAGGGCAAUUGAGGCUAGAACUAGCAGAUCAAAUUCAAGCAAAAAUUACAGAAAGCUCGGCUCUCCGGACAGUACCAAGACUGCACUAAUAUGUUCUAUGUACCACACAGCUUUACAGACUAUGACGCAAGUUAAACUUGAUAUACUAACAGGGUUGUGUAAUCAGGAUGAAAUUCUAUACUCCUUGUGGCAAUUCUUAUGCACAUUGGGACCAAAUUGUGGGUUGAAAUCCUUCCUUGAUCUCUUAGCUGUUAAUACGAAGUCGUCUGCGCCGGAGUUUCAAAUGUUAAUACUUUUCGCCGACUGUAUGACGCAUUAUGUUACGAUAUUAGAUGAUAUGGAAAUGUAUGAGCAACAGAAUCCGUUCAAGUUACAAGACUUUGUGAACAUGUCGCUUUUUCUGAACAUGUUCGUUUAUAAAUCUAUUAUGGGGCAGUUGUUUGAUCUGAAAACGAUCCAAAGUAAUGAGUUAUUCAGUUCCCUGCAUACGUUGCUGUUGGUGUUGUACCGGCGCGACUGUCGGCGCUCGUACACGCCCGCCAACCACUGGCUCGUCAAGGAGAUACGAGAGGGACAGUUCAUUCACGACUUGGAGAAGGGCAAGAAACCGCAACAAGUGUUGCUGCAAAAAACGCCGCAUAUAAUAGCGCACGGAGAACGAGUUAGAUUGUUCAGGCGCGCCGUCGCCGACGAAAAGGUGGUGCUGGGGCUGACGGAGCGCGCGUGCGGCGGGCGCUCGACGCUGGUGACGGUGCGGCGCGCGCGCCUGGUGGAGGACGGCUACCGCCAGCUCGCCGCGCUGCCCAGCCGCGCGCUCAAGGGCGUCGUGCGCGUGCGCUUCAUCAACGAGCAGGGGCUCGACGAGGCGGGCAUCGACCAGGACGGGGUCUUCAAAGAAUUCCUUGAGGAAACAAUAAAGCGAGUAUUCGACCCAUCAUUGAACUUGUUCCGAGUGACGAGCGAGGAGCGUCUGUAUCCCUCGCCAACGUCGUGUCUACAAGAAAACCAUCUCCAACUGUUCGAGUUUAUUGGACGAAUGUUGGGCAAAGCCGUGUAUGAGGGUAUAGUAGUAGACGUACCAUUUGCGUCAUUCUUCCUAUCUCAAGUGUUGGGCCAGACGCAGCAAGCUUUAUACAGCUGGAUCGAUGAGCUACCCUCACUAGACAGAGAUCUGUAUAGAAGUCUUACUUAUAUUAAACACUUUCAAGGUGAUAUAUCGUCAUUGGAACUAACAUUUUCUGUAGAUGAAGAGAGGUUGGGAGAAAUAGUAACCCACGAACUCGUACCCGGUGGUAAAGCUGUGCCAGUCACCAAUGAAAACAAAAUCAACUACAUCCAUCUAAUGGCUCACUUCAGAAUGCACACACAGAUCAAAGACCAAACCAAUGCUUUUAUCAAAGGAUUUAGAACGAUCAUAAACCCUGAAUGGUUGUCUCUAUUUUCUACCCCAGAGUUACAACGUUUGAUAAGCGGCGACAACGUGCCGCUGGACCUGCGCGACCUGCGGCGCAACACGCAGUACUACGGCGGGUUCCACGACUCGCACCGCGUCGUGUGCUGGCUCUGGGACGUGCUGCAGCGGGACUUCAGCGAAAACGAGCGGGCCAUGUUCCUCAAGUUCGUGACGUCAUGCUCGAAACCACCAGUCCUCGGAUUUGCGCAUCUGAAACCGCAAUUUUCAAUUCGUUGUGUCGAAGUAGGGGACGAUGAAGACACUGGCGAUACAAUAGGAAGUGUAAUCCGAGGUUUUUUCACAAUCAGGAAGAAGGAUCCCUUGAAUCGUCUUCCAACAUCUUCCACCUGCUUUAAUUUACUCAAACUACCAAAUUAUCAGAAACGAAGUACAUUACGCGAUAAACUUCGAUAUGCCGUCAACAGCAACACAGGAUUUGAACUCUCAUAA